UUUACCCUGUCUUUCCAAACCCAAAAACGGAUCCUAGUUUCAUCUGGACAUAGACUGAUAUAAACGCAACCCUGUAUCCCUCAUUCAAGCGCAGCUCCUCUACCGCAGUCAUCGUCAAAUCACCCUCCAUUCUUUCCGCUUAAAAUAAAAACCUAAAAAGGCCCAAUCAACUGAUCAGUCAUCACCGCCGUAGUCAUCUCUACCGACUUUUCCCAAACCACACCGUCCGGGAAUACUCCGUCGUCCUGAGUGCGUCCGACCAAGUUUUGAUCUAGCAGGGACAUUUUUUCUCAGUGGUAAGCAUACCGGAACAUGGCUGAUCUGGACGAUUUACUCCUGGAGGCAGCUGGAAGAACUAAUGGAAGUGGAAGGAGUCGUCAUUCACCUAUGUCUAGGAGGCACCAUAGAGAUGAUGGAAGCGACUCAAGAGAUGAUGAUUCAGAUGAUGAUCGGGGUUAUCCAAACAGAAAACUAUCUGGAUCACAAGUUCCUCUAAAGAAGAGGCUGGAUGCUGCAGAGAGAGAUGAUGAUCACAGUGAUCGUGAAGGUGAAGGUGAUGACUAUGAUCAUGAGCGUGAUAGUGAUGACGAUUCAAUUGGGAGUGACCUUUACAGGGAUGAAAAUGACCGUCUACACCUUGCACAGAUGACUGAGCUUCAAAGAGAGAUGAUACUGACAGACCGGGCAUCAAAGAGAUCUGACAAACAGAUGCAUGACAAAUUACGUGGGAAGAACAGCCAAGUAAGAAAAUCUAGCCCUCCUCCUUCACAGCCUCGUGGAACCCGCUCCUCCACCAGAGCUCUAGGUCGGGGAGCAGAAAGGGAAGGGGCGUUGCUCACCUUAAAGUCAAAACGAGCAAGACAGCAGGAUCCUGAAAGUCAUUCGCAAACCAAAGAUGCAGCUCGAAGAGGUUCUGGCAGCAGCAGCAGGGGUUACUCACCUCUUAAGCGGGGCAAAUUUCCAGCUGCAACCAUAGAGACCCCUAACAGAGCUGAGAGUGGGUCCCAAAGUGGUGACGGAGAGUAUGGGGAUGAUGGGAUGGCCGACAGUGAUGAUGACAAGGCUUCACCGUUGCCAACUUAUGAGGAUAUAAAAGAAAUCACCAUCCGGCGAUCAAGACUUGCAAAGUGGUUCAUGGAACCCUUCUUUGAUGAGUUGAUUGUUGGUUGUUUUGUGAGGGUUGGGAUUGGGCGGUCCAGGUCGGGGCCCAUUUAUAGGCUUUGUAUGGUACGCAAUGUAGAUUCCGCAGAUCCAAACAAGCAGUACAAUUUAGAAAACAAAACCACAUACAAGCAUCUGAAUGUCACUUGGGGAAACGAAAGCUCUGCCGCCAGGUGGCAGAUGGCCAUGGUUUCUGACUCACCUCCUCUGAGAGAAGAAUUCGAGCAGUGGGUCAGGGAGGUUGAGAAAGGUGGUGGACGGAUGCCCAGCAAACAGGAUGUGUUGGAAAAGAAGGAGGCCAUACAGAAGACAAAUACAUUUGUCUACUCAGCUGAUACUGUUAAGCAAAUGUUGCAAUUGAAAAAAUCUGCCACGUGGAAGCCUCUGAAUGUUGCUAUUGAGAAGGAGCGGUUAAGAAGGGAGAUGGAAGUGGCAAAAAUGAAGAAUGACGAAGCUGAGGUAAAGAGGAUUACGGCUAGGGUCCAAGAACUUGAGGCCACCAGACAAACGCAGGAGAAAGAUGGCAAGGCUCAUAGGCUGGCUGAGAUGAACAGAAAGAACAGGGUUGAGAAUUUCAAGAACGCGUCUGAACUGAAACCUGCUGUUGAACUGGCAGCUGGAGAUGAGGGAUAUGACCCGUUCUCGAGAAGAUGGACUAGGUCAAGGAAUUACUUUGCAGGGAAGCAAAGCGGCGAAGAGGUGGGGGUCACAGAAAGGGAUGAGGCUCCUCCUCCUGCUGUUGCCGCCGCCAUCCCUUCUCAUGUAGGUAUGGCGGCCACAGCUGCCGCACUGCAAGCAGCAGCAGGUGCAGGGAAGUUGGUUGAUACAAGUGCUCCGGUUGAUCAAGGGACAGAAUCAAACACAUUACAUGAUUUUGAGUUACCCAUCUCCUUGGCUAUACUUCAGAAGUUUGGAGGGCCACAAGGAGCCCAUGCAGGGUUCAUGGCACGGAAACAGAGGCUAGAGGCAACUGUUGGGCGUGGAGUACCUGAGGAUGAUGGCAGAAUCCAUGCGCUGACUUUGACUGUCAGUGACUACAAGAGGAGGAUGGGGCUGCUUUGAUAAAUACAUAUGCAUAAUGCUGUUGCCCAAUUCAGUUUCUUCAUUGAUUUAACAAUCACGGGGUGACCUCACAAAACAGCUAUUUUAGAUUUUAAAUGUAAUUUACUGUUCUUAAGAUAAGUUUUUUUUUAACUUUCAAGUUUCACGUUUCCUUGUUCAAAAUGUAACCCUUAAAAAAACUUGAAAUGACCCUGUUUAAAGUAUUAGUAUCAUGGUUACUUUUUCUGGAUUUCUUUCCUACAGCAAGCUCAUGUGGUGUAAAUUGCAUCCUCCAUGGCUGCAUCAUUGUAGUGUAGUGAAAGUUUUUAGUCAACUCUUGAACACUCAUACUAGGGAUGGACUGGGCCGGGUCGAACCGGCCCGGAACCGAACCGGCCCGCUAAUGUGUGGGCCCGGACCGGACCGGGAACGGUUGGCCGGUUCCGGACUUUUAGCCCGUUUGGGCGGGUCGGGCGGGCUGGGCUCGGGCCCAGUUUUGGGCGAACUGGCCCGGGCGGUUCGGGCUGGGCCCG